AUGGCCCAACGCCUGCCAGGGCAAAACCAUCCUUAUCACGGGGGCCUCGUCCGGCAUCGGGCGGAGCUGCGCGCUCGAGUUCGCACGCACCGCCCCGCGCGACCUGCGCCUGGUGCUGACGGCGCGCCGCACCGACCGUCUGCGCGAGGUCGCCGAGCAGAUCCGUGCCGAGUCGCCCGCGCCCCUGAGAUCGCCGAGAAUGACAUCAACGUCAUGUUCCAGACCAACGUUACCGGCUUGAUCAACAUGACCCAGGCCAUCCUGCCCAUCUUCAAGGCCCGCCCCGAGGGCGGCGCCGGCGACAUCAUCAACAUCGGUAGCAUCGCUGGCCGGGAGCCUUACCCCGGUGGCAGCAUCUACUGCGCCACAAAGGCUGCCGUGCGCGCUUUCUCCGACUCACUGCGAAAGGAGCUGAUUGAUACUCGGAUCCGCGUCAUGGAAGUCGACCCCGGGCAGGUCGAGACGGAGUUUUCGGUCGUCCGGUUUUACGGCGACAAGUCCAAGGCUGACGCUGUUUAUGCUGGCUGCGACCCCCUGACGCCCGAAGACAUUGCCGAGGUGGUGGUCUUUGUUGCUGGUAGGCGGCAGAACGUGGUCAUUGCCGACACACUAAUUUUCCCCAGCCACCAAGCUGGUGCUGGUACUCUGCACCGCAAGACAUGA